AUGCCUACUCCCAACAAGACCUUCGUCUUCAAGAAGAUCCCCAAGGGCUUCCCCGUGCCCGGGCAGGAUCUUGCCACAGAGGAUAGGCCCAUUGACUUGGACGCCGUCCCCCAAGGCGGCCUGGUCCUCCAGAACUUCGUCACCAGCUUCGACCCCUACAUGCGGGGCCGCAUGCGGGACGCAAGCAUCAAGUCGUACUCGGCGGCUCUCGAGCUGGACGGGCCCGUGACCAGCACCUGCGUCGCCAAGGUCCUCAAGUCCGACAGCCCGGACUUCAAGGAGGGCGACCUGGUCUCGGCCUUUGUCGACAUCGCCGAGUACGCCUACGCCUCCAAGGAGGUCAUCGCCAGCAAGCGCGUGUCCAAGAUCCACAACCCCCACAACCUCGACCUCGCGCUCUUCGUCGGCCAGCUGGGCAUGCCCGGCCUCACGGCCUAUUCUUCUCUGUACAAGAUCGGCCAGCCCAAGAAGGGCGAGACCAUCUUCAUUAGCAGCGCUGCUGGCGCCGUCGGCCAGGUCGUCGGCCAGCUCGCCAAGCACGAGGGUCUCACUGUCAUUGGCAGCGUGGGCUCGGAUGAGAAGCUGGGCUACAUCACCAAGGAGCUUGGUUUCGACGCCGCCACGAACUACAAGAAGGAGUCAACUUCGGAUGCGCUGAAGAGGUUGGCGCCGAACGGCAUCGACAUUUAUUACGAGAAUGUUGGCGGUGAGGUCUUGGACGGGGCUCUGGAAGCCAUGAACACAAACGGCAGAAUCGUCGCAUGCGGAAUGAUCUCCCAAUAUAACGUGAAGGAUGCUUCUGAGCGAUACGGCGUCAAGAACCUGAUGCUCGUCGUUGGGAAGAGGAUCACGAUGCAGGGUUUCAUCGUCGGCGACCCGGGCUUCGGGCCGGCUUACGCCCAGGAGCACCAGGAGAAGGUGCAGGCGUGGAUCGCAGAUGGCAGCUUCAAGGCCAAGCUGCAUGUCACAGAGGGCAUCGACAACGCCGCCGAAGGAUUUCUCGGCUUGCUUGAGGGCAAGAACUUCGGCAAGGCUGUGCUGAAGAUCAAGGACUACUAG